AUGAUUAUGCUUUCUCGACCAAGCCCAGUGGAUUCUCCGGCUUCGGGUUCGCCCUCGACGUCGCCAUCUCCUGCUUCUUCUUCACAACAAUCUGGUUCUGCAUCUUCAACGGCGUCGGCUAAUCCUCGAUCUGAAAUAUCUAAACUUCGAUCCCAAAGUCAAAGCCCUCUACAAAAAUCUCAAUCUGGAAGUGCAUUAUCCAGUUUGAUUGAACAGCAUAAUAACCACCAUCAUCAUCAUAUCCCUGUGUAUACCCCUGGUCAGCAUAGUGAGCUAUCAACUGCCUUUCUGCAUAAACAAAAACGAGGUGGAAACGUUCGCAAGCAUGGUGAUGUGAUUGCUAUCGACCGGCCACUGGCGUCAUCGACACACUCGACGUCUCCGCCUACUUCACCAAAUUCAAUUACCACUUCUGCAUCUAUCAGUUCUCCAACUGGCUCUAUCACCAGCCCAUUAGGUUCACCAGCCGCCGCUACCUCGACUUCUGCUCCUUCUGUUACUACUACUGGUGUUACUACUGGUGCUACAACUUCUGGCCCAGUUGGUUCUGUUGCCGCUCCUGCUUCUCCAAUUUCACCCACUUCACAACUUGCAUCUAUCAAUUCUAAACCAUUUAUGCAAUUGGUUCCCGACUAUGUGACUUCGAGCUCGCCUGGAUUCUCGCCUGUUAAUGACAGCAAUGACUCUGACAAUAUCACUAUCAAGGCAUCUCCUAGCACUUCGGAAGAUGACGACGACGAUUCGCCAGAAGCUAACCAACGUCGUCAACAAAAGAUGAUUCGCAAGAAAUCCGGUGAGCUCGUUAAAUCGUCGCUAAAACUGCCCUCGCUGCUUAGAACUCAGAGUAUGCCCAUUAAAAUGGUCCAUUUCGACUCUAAAUUAGAACAUGUUAGAAAGUUUUUCCGUCGUGAACGUCCUACUGCUGUUUCUUCUGGUUCAACUACCCCAGUCAAGGAAAAAGUGUCAUUCCAAUGGGCUAGUGGAAGUAGUACUAGUGAUAGCGAGACCGACAGCGAUUAUAGUAGCGAUAGCGAGGAAGAAGAUGACGGGUUGGAUGGUGAUGCUUCGGAAGACGACGAUAUCGAGACUAUUCGCGGAGCAGUGGCAUCUCAUCGCCGGUCAAUUGCUGGUAGUAUCAGUGGUGCUCCAAAGAAACACCUUCGUCACCACCAGAAAAAGAUCUGGCAGAUUGCAUUGCCCAAUUUCAACUCGGAAAACUCGAACCAAUCGGAUAAAAUGGUUUAUCUCGACUCGGUAUUCCUUUCUUCCGAUAACAACAAUCUGAUUGGUCAUAUCUGUGUAAAGAACGUAUCGUACCGCAAGAACGUGUCUGUUCGAUACACGGUAGAUUUCUGGAAAUCGGUUACUGAUGUUGUUGCCGAUUAUAAUGGAGAUGUUCGUCGUAAAACUCUUCGUUCGGGAUAUGACCGAUUCACAUUUUCCAUUCGUCUUGCUGACCUUCCUCAGGCUGCCUUGACUUCCAAUUCCAUGUUCUUCUGUGUUCGUUACCAGUCAGAUGACGGUGAUUUCUGGGAUAAUAAUAAUUCAUUGAACUAUGAAGUUUUGCUGACCAGAGUACCUAAGCACGCUGCUGACCAUACUAGUUCUGGUACUGUCAAGCCUGCCAAGACUCAUACUAAACAACAGCCAACAAUGCUUGAUGAUGAUAUGGAUGAGAUUGACAAGACGACGUUCAAAUCAGCACCUCGUCAAGCAUCUUCGUACUUUAUGUACCAACCCAACCAACCAGCUGCCACCAACGCAGCACCUCAUCAUGGCCGAAAUGGCGGUCUGAAGCAUCACCACCGUCGUAACAAGACAGACCCAUCGCCUGAUUUCCUGUACGACAACGAUUUCGACCAUCAUCAUUCGGUAGAGGAUACCGCCGACCUGUUUGACGGACUGACUGUGGGUCCAAAACAGGAUGCCACUAGGGCCACUGGCAAUGUUUCCAAGACUGGUUCUUAUAACAGCAGUGGCACUGGCAGUUUUGGUAACAGCGGCAACUCGUUUGGUUCCAGCAACAACAAACCAAGUAUUAGCAACAGCUUUGGAGGCGCUUCUAACUUUUCACCUACUAAAAAGUCGAAUGGUUUGACUUCGCGAUACUCGUUUGGUGCCUCGUUGAAUGCAGCCCUUGCUCGUAACAACAUGACAGGCCGUCGGUCUUCUUAUGAUGUUGAUGGAGAAGCUGAUGAAGAAGUUACUACAUCCGAGUCUACUUCGGAUGACGAGUCAACUGAUACUACUCCUGUUGAUAGUUCGAACCUCAGCACCCCUCAAUUGCGAUCAUUUAUUUUCCCCAAAACCAAUCCUCGCAAUUCGAUGCUUAUACGACCCCAUUCAUCCACCGAUGUCACUGACGAAUCUUCACGGCCUGCUUGGGAUUCCUUGUCGUAUAAAGACAUCAUCAACAAGUACUGUUUCUUCCAAGACACACCGGUCAGCAACUCCAGCUCCAUUACUCCUACCGGAACAUCUGCUGCUAGCAACAAGAACACUGCUGCUGCUACUGGUCAAACUGGUAAAAAGUCUUCAACCAUGGUACACAAUCAUCACCACCAUUCACACAGCAUGCUGCCACAUCAUCAUCAAAGCCACCCACGACCUGCUGGCAGUUACAUUCCUUCACCCAUGACGACAUCACCCGCACUGAUUCCCCAGUCAUUUACACCCCCUAUUGUGCCGCAGUCGACCAGUGUGUACUCGGCACAAAAUGCAUCUUCCUCACCACUGCUAGCAGCCGCCGCCGCUACACUGGCACUUAAUUCGCCUCCUGAGUCGUCGUCGUCCACGCCCUCAGGAAGCUUCUCACCCUCGCCAACCGACACACCAGGAUCUCCUGGCGAGUCCUCCUCUGACACUCUGUUAGACGUGUCGGAACCACGCAAAAUAUGGCACUCAGUUGAAGUGUAA